AAAAGAGGGAAGUGACAUCAUACAAAAUGCACAAACAUGUUUUCCGGGUCUCUGCUGCUCAUAACAGCUUAUAAGUGUAGGACGUGUAAGAGUGAGCAGAGUAGUGAGCAGGUCUCUUACCUCUCAGAGCUGAGAGAGAGACUCUGCUUGGGUGAAGCUGUCAUGACCUCCAGAACAUCAGGGAAUAUCACAGCAGCAGUGAUCCUCAUAUUACUGAAAGGUGCUGAAGGUUCAGAGCAGAGCUCACUGUUAAAGCUGCUCACAGUGGGAGUCGUGGCCUUUCUGGGAGUGGUGGUCUUUUUGGCUCUAAUAUUCAUUAUAGCAGCUCUGUGGAUGUGGAGUAAAAAAGGCCACAGCAGCGCUGAGGAGACUGAACAGCGAGACGCUGCUGCUGUGUACGAUAACAUUUCAGCACAGCUGUUUCAGCCUGCAAACAGAGAAGAUGAUCAGGACGACAUUCACUACUCCAGUGUUUAUUUCAGACCCUCUCACUCACAGGAAGAGCCUCCAUUCCUCACUGCUAAACUUCCUCUAGACUCCACAGAAGAGGAGGAUGUUCAGCACGCUGCUGUGAACCAGUCUCUAUUGGCUGAAGCAGCUGAUGAUCCAUCUCAGACCUACAGCCAGAUUCAAAAACACAAACAUGCAGAAGCUCUGGAUCCUGGAAAAAAAGCUGAGCUGUUCACUGUAAAGCAAACCUGAAGAUUAAAGAAACUCAGCUGACAAAAGAAAUUAGAGAAAAACAGACUCAGUGUAUUUUAGUGCUCUUUACUGAUCAGUUCUAAAACUGAAUGUUUAAGGCAUCAAUUUCCUCAAACUGUUUAGGGGACCUGUUGAAUAUAAAGCCGUAUGUAAAACCAUGACUAAUGCAACUACCAGACCAAAACACAGGUUCAUAUUUAUUUUCUUUCUUUUGUUUGGUCAGCUUGAAUUAACCACCUUCAGAGUUUAAUGCAGAAACUAACUUCAG